AUGUCCAACUCCACCCUGGCCGCGUUUGAUUCCCGGUGCUCGGAGGACUGCAAUCUCCCGGCCAACUUCACGGUAUACCCACUGCCGGACCAGCUGUUCUCCCUGCCUAUUCUGGUGGUCGUAACCGUGGUCUGUAUACUACUGUUUCUCGUUGGCCUGACUGGGAAUAUCUUGACAAUUCUGAUCGUGUUGCUCAACAAGGAUAUGAGAAGCACCACCAACUUGUAUCUGUCCAGCAUGGCUCUCUCUGACCUCUUCAUCUUCCUUCUCAUGCCUAUUGAUCUCUACAAGCUGUGGAAAUAUCGGCCCUGGAACUUUGGGGACUUCAUCUGCAAGCUGUUCCAGUUUAUGAGUGAAUGCUGCACUUAUUCCAGCAUCCUUCACAUUACUGCUCUUAGCAUGGAGCGCUACUUCGCUGUGUGCUUCCCCCUACAGGCCAAGGUGACAAUAACACGCAGUCGCAUCAGAGUGGUAAUUGCACUGCUAUGGACGUUGGCCCUGCUCAGUGCUGGCCCUGUGUUUGCACUGGUGGGCGUGGAGUUUGACAACGGGAUGGAUGGCGAGUGCCGCUGUACACAGUAUGCUAUCAGCUCCGGUCUACUCACAGCCAUGAUGUGGGUGUCCAGCAUCUACUUUUUUGUACCCGUCUGCUGCCUCAGUGUGCUCUAUGGUUUGAUUGGUCGAAAGCUGUGGCGCCGCCGACACAUCACCCUUCGGGACAGAACUAACCGCAAGACUGUCAAAAUGCUGGUGGUCAUCGUGCUAGCCUUUGUCAUCUGUUGGCUGCCCUUCCAUAUUGGACGUAUGCUGUUCUCAGUGUCUGCUGCGACUUCAGAGAUGUACAGGAUCAGCCAGUAUUUCAACCUCGUCUCCUUUGUGUUGUUUUACCUCAGUGCCGCUAUAAACCCCAUUUUGUACAACCUCAUGUCAGGCCGCUAUCGAGCUGCAGUCUGCAAACUGUUCAGGAGACAGCAGGGAGUCAGGCUGAAUGUGCGUCACACAUCCUCGCACUUAGAGGUGGAAACCAACGUGUGA